AUGCUUGUCGUCUGGAUUGGCAUCCCUAAAACAACUACAUCAGUGACAACAACUACAUCAGCAACAACAACUACAUCAACGACAACAACUACAUCAGUGACAACAACUACAUCAGCAACAACAACUACAUCAUCGAUAACAACUACAUCAUCGAUAACAACUACAUCAACGACAACAACUACAACAUCGACAACAACUACAUCAACGACAACAACUACAUCAACGACAACAACUACAUCAACGACAACAACUACAGCAUCGACAACAACUACAUCAGUGACAACAACUACAACAUCGACAACAACUACAUCAACUACAUCAUCGACAACAACUGCAUCAGCGACAACAACUACAUCAACGAAAACAACUGCAUCAACGACAACAACAACAUCAACGAGAACAACUACAUCAGUGACAACAACAACAUCAUCGACAACAACCACAUCAACGAAAACAACUACAUCAACUACACCAACAAGUAGGGCAACAUUUGCAUGCUUAGAGUGUUGGUGUUGGUGA